AUGGAGGGAAGUAAAGAAAAAAGACCGUGGCUCGCACAAUUCGGCGGAUGAAGUUUCUUCUCCAUGGCGAGCGAGGGGAAGAGCGCCCUUUAUAAGGGCAUGGCUUCGUCUAUGCUUCUCGAGCCAUCAUCAGGGCAGCAUGUCGCAGUCGUCGCACCAGGAGGACAAGUCGAUCCAGGAGGAGAAGCUGCCCCAGGAGGGAAAGGCGCACCAGGAGGAGGAGGAGGAGGAAGUGGGGGAGCGUGAGCACCGUCCGAUCGGCCACUUCCACUUUCGCUCCGUCGCCUUUCAGAUCCUCGUCGUCUCGGCCACGGCCUUUUGCACCAUUGGCUCCUUCAAUGCGCUCCAGGGCCUAGGUGGUGCGGGCCAGGAGUCGCCGUACGUGGCCAAUGCCGCCACGUCGCUCAACUUUGGCCUGCUCGGCGUCGUCUGCCUCUUUGGCGGGCCCAUCGUCGCCAUCCUCGGCCCACGGUGGUCGCUGGCCAUCGGCACCAUGGGCGACCCCCUCUUUGGUGCCGCCGUGUACUGCAACACGCGCUACGGCACCCAGUGGUUCCUCGUCUUUGCCGCCGUCCUUCGCGGCAUCGCCUCGGGCCACUUUUGGUGCGCAGAGGGAUCACUCAUCAUUGGCUACCCGCGCGCCCAGCACCGCGGCAGGUCCAUCACCACCUGGGUCUUUUUCAAGGAGCUCGGCGGCAUCGUCUCGUCGUCCAUCUACCUGGGUCUGUCGGCCAAGGACAACAAGGCCGGGCACUUUGGCUACAGCGUCUACUACGUCACCAUUGCCAUCAUGUGCGCUGGCCUGCCCAUUGCCCUGCUCCUCUCGCCCACCAACAAAGUCCGCCACGCCGACGGCACGCCCCUCGACACGAGCUCGCCCGCCAUCAAGCGCGGCACCUGGCGCGAAGAGUACGCGCGCCUGCUCCGGCUCCUCUCGCGGCGCGACGUGGCCCUGAUCCUCCCCUUUGCGCUGUACGCCUACUUCUACUACUCGUUUGCCCACACCUACAACACCCGCCACUUUUCCGUCCGCGGCCGCUCGCUCGUCUCGCUCCUGACCGAGAUCUCGUCGGUGCUCGGCUCGCUGCUGGUGGCCUGCUUUGUGGACCGCCGCCGCCAGAUGCGGGGCAUCGGCCUCGUCACGGCCUUUGUCCUCGUCAUCUGCGCCGCCUUCUGGGCCUACUUCGCCUGGGCUGCGCUCGCGCCCCCUGCCAAGCGCCUUGACUGGAGCGACCCGGACUUUGCCAGGUACGCCAUGUCCAUCGUCCUCGUCUUUCUCUCGCAGCAGAGCGCCCAGACGUACCUCUACUGGGUCGCAGCCCACCUCUCGGACUCGCUCGACGACGUCUUCCACCUCGCCGGCGCCGUGCGCGGCAUCGAGUCGCUGGGCCAGUGCAUCGCCUACGGCAUCAACGCCAGCAAGACGUCGCCGAUUGUGUCGGUGGCCAUGAACCUGGCCCUGUAUGCCGUCGGCGCCGUGUGCCUCGUCGUGCUCCUCGUGGACAAGUCGCGGGCAAAACAGGCUGGCGCUUCUUCAGCUGCAUCAAUGUAAUUUCAGUAGAAGCAAAAGACGCAAAAACAUGAC